AUGUCUUCAGCCAUAGGCAAAGACACGCCUACUCGUCCGGUGGAUACUCCGGAGGGCUCCGCUGCAGGGGACGAAGGACACGGACAGUCCUCCGCGAAAUACCCGGCCGUCAAGGAUCGCAAAUGCCAGUACUGUCACCAGGCCUUUACCUCGUCCUCUCUCGGUCGACAUCUUGAUCAAUUCCUUUUCAAGAAAAAGCCUGAUGGGGUUCAUGAUGUCGAGGAGAUCCGACGCCUUCGGAGUGGGAUCACCAGGCGACAGGCUCGAACCUCGUCCACCAAACGCGACAACCUCGAACGGAGCACUGGCAAGGGCCAGCCGGAUUCGCCUGCCAGCGCUCGGGAAGGUCGACGGGCAUCUCGAGAUGGAGUCAGGAUGAUGUUUAACACGCCUACAUGGCACGCGACUGGCGUGAUCAACGACAUUCCCAAUCCGAACCGCACGCGCGAGUUCGCCGGAUCGUAUCGGCCCUCGGUAUCCCAGUCCGCCGCGUCAAUUACUCUUCCGGAUUACGCAAACAGGAGUUCAGAUACAGCCAGCCAGGAUACCUUGCGCUCUCUCGAACUGGCCUUACGCGAGGUGUUGGACAAUAUUAAGGCUGCAGCCAGUACGAGUCUACGUCCACGAUUAUCCCCGUUUGACUUUGAGAUCCAGUCGCAGACAUUUCCCUCACUUUGUUUACAAUUGCUUCCAGCGCCUCCGACUUUGUUCUCGACACAUCCGUUCCCGUCGCCUUCGUCAUUUCCACUCCAGCCCCCUGGGCCUGAACAUCUGGAGAUUGUCAGACAGGCACUCCGUUCCAGGAUUCAACAGUGGCUUUCCGAUCAACUAGCGGUUGAUGCGUCCAGCGCUUCCCAAUCUGGGCAGGCGGGCAUCGGUCUGGAUGCGAAUAUGAUCAAUCGAAGUGCGCAACAGCACGAGGACAUGAGCUCCAGGCAUCUCGAUCUGUCCUUUAAUCAUUGGAUGUCCUUGUCUCCGGAAGCUCGAAGGAACCAGUGGCAACUGGAAAUCACUCGGGCAUUUGUGCGAGAGGCCGAGAAGCGCAAAUCAUCAGAUGAACAAUUGGCCCGGGUGCAGCAGGAAGCGAACCAGCUUCGCGCGCAGGUGGUGAAGCUGGGUUCCUGCCAAUGGCCAAGGGAGUUCGCUCUCUUCCCUCCGGACUUUUUGCCCCUGCCGCGCGAUGUUAUUAGGGAGCUGGACGCGAAGGAAAGCCAGGCCAGUCCGAAUUCCGCAAGGUGGGAUUACGACAACCUUGUUGCCAAGUGGAAGCGUGUGGUGAUGCAUAACAAGAGCAUGGGCCGUAUUGGAGUAGGGCAUUCGAACGUCCUCGCGGAUGAGAACAAUCCAGACAACACACGAGGGCGUGGUGACGAUUCAACGAAUCGCUCUACCGCCCCCGCCUCAACUGCAAACCGAGCGAAGACAGCUCAGCCUCCGGCGAAUGUCAGUCCAGAGCACACAGGCGCAAGUUCCGCAUUUGCACCUUCCAAUACGACGCCACCCUUGACUUAUCAAAAUGUACAUCAAAGCCCACGAGCAGGCCCUCCGGCCAAGCGUCCACGCCUAAUGAACGGCAACUUGAAUAGCAACCACAACAACCACGGCGUCGACGGUGUCGACGGCGAGAAUGUUCCGCCCGGGAACAGUAUGAGCACGAGCACUAGUCAGAAUCCUGCCGGCAUGUCUAGUGCAUGA